AUAACGUAUAUAAGGUAUGAAGACUGAGAGCUAACAAAAUAGACGAAAAAUUGAUUUCAAAUAUCAAUAAUUUUUUAUGAAAUGUGAAUAAAAGUGAAUAAUACAUUUAUUUGAGUUACUUUCCACUCGCAAACUCACUAUCGCUAACCUAAACACUACAGUAACUGUAGUUUUAGUUUAAAGUUUUCAAUCUUAAUGUUUAGACGUUUAAAGUCUAAUAGUUUUUUUUGUGGACGAAAAUAAAUAGUCUGUAAAUUAUAAAAGUGUUUUGUCUCACGAAUGAGUCUUCAAAUAUCAUAUAAGUUAUCAUUUAAUACAUUUUACGUGAUUUUAAAGUCUAUUAUUUAAUCCCAACAAAGCCUUUCUGGUAUACCUUUUUAUGUUACUUUUCGCUUGAAUUGUGUUGAAUGUCAUUAAAACAAAAGUUUUAAAUAUAACUUAUAUAUCGUAUAAAUUACUGUAUUAUCUGCAAAAGUGUGCCACAAAAAUAGACAAAUACUUUGCUUGAUAUUAGGGGCGAGGGCUCUGUCAGGUGCCCAACACUAUGUAAGUGUAAUUUUUUGCAACAUAUGUAUUAAAAUUAUAUAUUUUUAUGAUUAGAUUAUGCGCUGAUUUGAUUGCAACUAAAGGCUUAAAAAUAAUAAAACAAGAGAUUAUCGCAAAACUUCAUACGAAGAAACGUCUCAUUUAUAAACUUCUCUUAACAUUUGAAUCCCUGGUCUUCGCCAUGAAUUAUAUGAAGUCAUUCUUCAGUAAUUUUCGUGAAUUUUAUAACGAAAUCAAUUCAGCGACUCUUACGGGUGCUAUCGAUGUGAUUGUCGUACAACAAGAGGACGGCUCCUACAAGUGCUCUCCAUUUUACGUCCGUUUUGGCAAAAUCGGUGUUCUUCGCAGUCGAGAGAAAAUUGUGGAUAUUGAAGUGAAUGGACAACCGGUUGAUCUGCAGAUGAAAUUAGGCCAUUCGGGCGACGCUUUCUUCUUCGAGGAGAUCAUAGAAGAGGAGCCAAAGAACGUGCGAGAGUCGGCCCCUUCGCCCACUGAGGAGUCGGAGAACGGGUGGCUCUCCGACCAGUAUCUGUCGUCGGGAAGCGAUGCCGGCAGUGACGCCGAUAUCGACGAGAACUCUCCGGCAAACGGCGAGACACGAGAGCCGACCGAACAAAAGGACAAAAAGCAAAAGAUUAAGUACAAGAAGAAGAUUCGUUUGUCUUCGCAACAGAUCGAGGACUUGAAUCUGAAUGAGGGUAAGAAUGAAGUGGUGUUUAGUGUGACGACAGCAUAUCAGGGCACCACUACCUGCAAGUGUUACCUCUUCUUGUGGCGAUACGACGACCAGAUCAUCAUCAGCGACAUCGACGGCACAAUCACUAAGUCUGACGUUUUGGGACACAUUCUGCCCAUAAUAGGCAGAGAUUGGGCGCAGUCUGGAGUCGCAAACCUAUUCACUCUAAUCAAGAAAAAUGGUUAUAAAAUCGUUUACCUCUCGGCGCGAGCCAUUGGUCAGGCCUCGUCUACCGGUGAUUAUCUCAAAAGCAUACGACAGGGCGAUCGCUCUCUACCAGAAGGACCUCUACUCCUAUCUCCUACUUCUAUGAUCGCCGCUCUCCACAGAGAGGUAAUCGAGAAGAAACCCGAAGAGUUCAAAAUCCAAUGUCUCUCAGAUAUCCGUGAUUUGUAUCCCAAGUCUCCAUUUUAUGCGGGCUUUGGAAACAAAAUUAAUGAUACGUGGGCGUAUCGGGCGGUUGACAUCCGGCCGUCGCGUAUAUUCACGAUCAACCAUAAGGGAGAACUCAAACUGGAAUUAAUCCAAAACUUUCAGUCAUCCUAUACAUCAUUGAGUGAUUUGGUUGACCAGAUGUUUCCGCCCCUGUUUUCCGAUCAAACCGACUAUAGCUCAGAGUUUAGCGCAUUUGAGUACUGGAGGGAAACCAUACCCGACGUCGAAGAGAACGAUGAUUUGUUGAUUAAUAUACAAACGAAAGUGAAUCUAAGCCCUAAUAAAUUAGCCAAUAAUAACUCCAUGUUUCGCAAAAAAGUUAAAUAAGUUAUAAACAUAUACUUUAUAUAUAUUUGGUGUCAUUUUUAUCA